CUGAACAUGUAUAAAGUGGACCUGCCUUUAGACCAGUCGACAGAAAAGGCCGUGGAGAGGCGAAGGUCUGCAGAAAAUGCUCGCAAGGCCCGCAUUUUUAACACCCGGCUACGUGUGAUGGGCCUCGACCAAGAUGCUCUGGAUUAUCAAGUCCACGUAAAGAAACACCAGCAGCAAAUGGAAAAACAACGAGACAAAUCUUUUGAAAUGCUCAGAAAAUAUCAAGACGAAGUACUUCAGCAGCAAGACACUGAUGAAAAAGAGAAGCGAGAAAAUUUGCACAAGGACCUGACCAAGUACUGGCAAACUCAGCAGCAAGAGGAAGACUAUCCUGAAGAUGGUCUGAAGUGUGGCCUGAAGGGGGCAAUCAUGAUCUCUAUGCCUGAGGCAGAGCUGGGGCCAGCUAGUAUGCAAAUCUUUCAGGGAGAAGGCACCGGCGAGGAGGAAAUGAGGAGAGAACAAAUAGAAAAGACCAAAAGAGACCUGCAAGCACAGAUAGACGAAAAUAAACGAAAGCAAUUGGGAGACAAGUACAGAGAGAUGAUGGUGAACAAAGACCUACUGCAUCAAGACUUACAGGGCAUUCAGCAGGCGGCACUAGAAGAGGAGAGUAAGAAAGUUGGUCGCAUAGCACUGGACAACUACAACCAAGCUCUGGCUGCAGAGCGAGCAGAAAACCUUAAGGAGCAACACUUGAAAGAGUACAGGGAGAAUCUUGCAGAGAUGUGGCACACAGUGACAUCUGACAUGAUGACAGAGUCUGCAGACGCAGCAGAAAUAGGUGUGGGAGAAGGGAGGCCUCCACAGAUUCUGCCCGACAGGUGGAAGGGGAUGACACCUGAGCAGCUCCAGACCAUUCAGAGGGAGCAAGAACAACAGCGAAUGGAGAAACAGAGAAAACUUGAUGCUGAAAAGAUUCAGAGUGUAGCUGAGGACUUCCAGCUUCUGAAGCUAUCCAGGAAAGUAGAGGAGGAGGCGAGGAAAGCAGCAGAGCUUCGGAGAGAACAGAGAAUUCAGAUGGACCAGUACAACCUGCAGCUGGCCAGAGAGCAGCACGCACAUCGGGAGUAUCUGAACAGGGAGCUAUACACCAACAAACCCACCAAAGACUACUUCAAACAAUUCAACACCAGUACCCGCUGA